AUGGCGGUGACCGGAUGGAAUAGGAAGACGUGGGCAUCAGCCGCGGUCAGCCCCGGGGAAGAGCUCCGUGCCCCACCACCCGCCCCGGCCGCGCCCCCGCUCCCCGGGCGACAGGGACGCGGAGCUGAGGGUAACAUGGCGGCGCCGGGCCAGGAAGAAGACCAAGAUCAGGAUGCCCUAGGUGAAAAGAAGGUUCUUAAUCGGAUGUUUCUUUCUCCUUCCCAAAUCGCUACUUUGUCAGAACAAAAUAUAGAAGAAGCUCAAAUAAAGCUGGGAGAGUUUCUCAAUUUUAAACAAAUGUCUUUGAAAGAAGCUAUUUUGCUAGAUUAUUAUACAGCAGGAUUUUGCUGGGCUAGAGAAAUGAACUUCAGUCUUGUACAGCUCUCAGGAUUCAUGGAUCUAUUAAAUUUCCUGUUGGAGAACAUCAGUGACAAACAUAUGACCUUAGGAGAAAAUUUAAAAGAACUUGGAAAAGCAAUGUCUGGAAUAGGAGACACUGAUUCAGAAGGAAGUGGUGACUUGACUUUCUUCAGCAUUGAGCAAGCCAAAGCAAUCAUCGAUUACUUGAAUGUCAGCUUAUUUAAGUACUAUAAGCAGUAUGAAUACCUCUUCCAGAGUGCGAGAGAAGAACAUGUGAUAAGUAAUGAGUAUGUGACUGAACUUGCCCAACCUGCAGUUCCCCCCUUCCCUGCUCUGCUGGAAGAAGGCACACCUUUGGAUACCUGUUUGUCAUUCGUAGUAACACCAACAGCUACAGAGACAGAAUCUAAGGGGUCUGAUCAAGAUCUCUGUCCACAGACUGAGUCCUUCAAUGCAAAUGCUUUGGCUGGUGUCAGUGAUGAAGAUCUGAAAUCUGCUGUGGAUGAAUUGCUAAAUGAAAUUUUUUACAACCUUGAGGCAGAGAUAAACGAAAAUCUGCAAAUGGAAGAAGAAGCUUAAACUUUGAGGAGAGAAAAAUUAAAAAGUCCUAAAUAGCCAGAUAAGGAUAUACUGAGGCUGGAUUUUGAGGAAAUUGGAGCGUCGGGGAUGGCGCACGCAGCAGGCUGGCUCCCUGCCUGGAUGUCAUUAUUUCUGUGUAAAGGAAAACGGUUCUGUUAACAUUUACCUAGAAAUAGUUCAUCCCAGUUCCUCAAAUUUACUGUG